AUGCCGACUCUGUGGGGCCGUAUCGCGCUCGUGAGCGCUGGGCCUCCUCCACGUGCAUUUCGCACUUUGCUAAGGCGAUCGCAAAGCGCUCUUCUAGAUGUCGAGCUCUCACUCCGCGGAGACCACUAUUACGACGUAUCCCAUGAGGGGUAUCGCAAACUCAUCAUGGGAGCCGCGAAAGUCUUUGUGCACCGACUCAGGUCCCUGUCGACCAUCGGGGUAGAGUUCCCCCUGGACGAUAUCGUCUACUUCUUUCAACGAAGUCCACUCCCGGAGCUUCAGAGACUUCAUAUCGUGCAUACCAGCGAAGCGAAGCCGGGAUCUCUCGAGAAUGAUGUCGUUUUGGACGCCCGCAAUCUCGUCGACGCGUCUUUCAUGUUGUUCGCAUACGGCUUACCUAUGGGCUCGCACCUGAAGAAAGGCCUCCGAAUCAACGCCCCCAACCUCAGAAGUCUCGUCGUCAAAUGGAGCUACAUGACGAACGCGGAAACAACCCUGCAGGAUAUCCAAUGGAUUGUCGACGUCAUACGCAACGCUCCUCUGCUUGAGCGCCUGCACCUCAAUCUCAGCGUGUGGCACUUCGCAGUCGAUUGGGAUCACCUGUUUGGCAACAAAGAUUGUCAUCUCCCUCAGCUGAAAACCUUGAUCAUCACUCAACGAAGCUUGGAUAUGCGCGCCGGUGAUCUUAUCGCCCGGAUCUGUACGGCCCCUCCGCCUUCAUUCACAUUCACCGCACGAUACAUUGUCAAACCGGAAUUUCAAGCACUCAUGGAUGUCUUGGAUUCAUACCUUCAUCCUUGUGCGACGCACAGUACGAUGUAUAUUCGUUUCCGGCACCCGGCAUGGGUGAUGUUUCAUUCACUCCCCCGCCCGGAGGACGCGCGUGAACUCUCGGAGGAGAAGCUGUUCCACAGACGCGCCGAGGACGCCCUUGCCAAGUUGGAACGCCAGACGACGUUGUCAUUAUCAACACGCUCGAACCUCGUCUUGGCCGAAGAGCUACUCCCCGACCUUGCGCUGCGAUUGAGGUUCGAUCACAUCACUCAUUUACGCAUCAACGGAAGCGUGAACCCCUCAGGCUGGUGGCGUACCUUCCGUGAAAUGGUGGCACCACGUAUGGUGUCUGUUCACAUUUUGAUAAUUGACAAUCUGUCAUGGCUGGCACCCAAAGCUGGCGAGAUGAAUGCGCUCAGUAUCCUCGACCCUAGGUCUCGUGAUGAUUCAACGAACUUUGGCUUUCCCCUACCGGUCUUGCGCACGCUCAUCGCGACGGCUUGGGUUGCCAGUAAGAAGGGCCGUCAAAGAAUGUGGACAACAUAUCUUGGCGUCCUUCUCGAGGAACGCGAGAUCAGGGGAAAGCCGGUACACACAGUACGGCUACGCGGCGGAUGGUUGACGUCGGAGUUGAAGGCUUUCUGGCGGUCCUACGAUGUACCGGUGGCUGAUCUUAUCCAAGCUGUGAUAGUGGACGAAGUUGUAGACGAGCGUGAAGUAUUCGAAAGCUCCUAG